GUUACGUAACGCGUCGUUCCUCGCUAGCUACGUUCGGAAUGUCCUCUUCUCGCUUCGUUAGCCAGAGAGCUAUUUGGUUAGCUAGAUAUUUUGUUAGCUUAUAUAUUGGACACCUUGUACGGGAUAUAUGGACGUGAUGGAUUGAUAUAACAGGCAAAAACAAUCUGGCAGUAGCAUCAACAUCUUUUUAAGUGCAACUAUGUUCGGUCGGUCACGGAGUUGGGGGGGAGGGCAGGGGAAAACAAAAAAUAUUCAUUCCCUGGACCAUCUCAAGUAUAUGUACCAUGUCCUAACUAGGAACACGACAGUAACAGACAGCAACAGGAACUUGCUGGUGGAGACCAUCCGCUCCAUCACUGAGAUACUCAUCUGGGGAGACCAGAACGACAGCUCCGUCUUCGACUUCUUCCUGGAGAAGAAUAUGUUUGCGUUCUUCCUGAAUAUCCUCCGUCAGAAGUCCGGUCGUUACGUCUGUGUCCAGCUGCUCCAGACACUCAACAUCCUGUUUGAAAAUAUCAGCCACGAGACGUCGCUCUAUUACCUGCUGUCCAACAACCACGUCAACUCCAUCAUCGUUCACAAGUUUGACUUCUCAGACGAGGAGAUCAUGGCCUACUAUAUCUCCUUCCUGAAGACCCUGUCACUCAAACUGAACAAUCACACCGUACACUUCUUCUAUAACGAGCACACUAAUGAUUUUGCCCUGUACACCGAGGCCAUUAAGUUCUUCAACCACCCAGAGAGCAUGGUCCGUGUCGCAGUCAGAACCAUCACACUGAACGUCUACAAGGUGGACAACCAGCACAUGCUGCACUACAUUCGAGACAAGACAGCGGUCCCCUACUUCAGUAACCUGGUCUGGUUCAUCGGCUCCCACGUCAUCGAGCUGGACAAGUGUGUUCAGACGGACCAAGAGCAUCGUAACAGGGGGAAGCUGAGUGACUUGGUAGCAGAGCAUCUGGAUCAUCUCCACUACCUGAACGAUAUCCUGACUAUCAACUGCGAGUUCCUCAACGACGUCCUGACAGACCACCUCCUCAACCGUCUCUUCCUGCCUCUCUACGUCUUCUCUCUGGUCUGCCCUGAACAGUCUGAAGAUCGUAAGAUCAACCCUCAGGUGUCCCUUAACCUACUGUCACAGGUGUUUCUCAUCAUCCACUACCAGCCGCUGGUCAACUCUCUGGCUGAAGUCAUCUUCAAUGGAGACCUGUCUGUCUUCACACAACACAAGAACACGGUCAGUGCAGGCGUCCGUCGCUUCACCAAGCCUCCUGAGUCUCUGGAGCGGUCUCUGGAGCUGUCCUGCAAUCGGGGGCGCAAGCGAGCCCAGAAACGCCCCAACUAUAAGAACCUGGGAGAAGAGGAGGAAGAGGAGAGGCCGGGAGGAGGAGAGGAGGGCUUGGAGGACAGCGAGAGGGAGAGGGAGAAGGCUAAAGAGAUAGAGAUGGUGGUGAUGGACAAAGGGAAGUCCACGCUGACGGAACAGAAUAUCACUGACGAAGAGAAGACUGCUGCCGCUGCACGCACACAGAGGAAGAGACCGUUCCUAGACAUGGUGUACAGUGCUCUAGAUUGUAGUGAAGAUGAUUACCAUGCUCUGUUUGUUCUCUGUCUGCUGUACGCUGUUUCACACAGCAAAGGUAUCAACAGGGAGUUGUUAGAGAGGCUCCAGUUACCAGUCCCAGACCAGGAGAGGACCUGUUACAGCCAGGUGCUGGUGGAGAGGCUCAUACGGGUGAUGAACGUGGCCGCACAACCAGAUGGUAAGGUACGUCUGGCUACUCUGGAGCUGAGCUGUCUGCUGUUGAAGCGGUCCGUCCUCUCCUCUUCCUCCUCCUCUUCCUCCUCGCCUGCUCACUGCAUCAUCAAGGACGUUCACCUGGCCUGUCUAGAGGGAGCCAGAGAAGAGAGUCUGCAUCUCCUACGGCGUUUCUAUAAGGGGGAGGAGAUCUUCCUGGACAUGUUUGAAGAUGAGUACAGGAGCAUGACGACUAAGCCCCUGAAUGUGGAAUACCUCAUGAUGGAUGCCUCUGUUCUACUUCCGCCUACUGGUACUCCUCUGACUGGAAUAGACUUCGUUAAGAGACUGCCCUGUGGAGGAGUAGAGAAGACCAGACGGGCCAUCCGCGUGUUCUUCAUGCUGAGGUCGUUGUCUCUUCAGCUGCAGGGAGAACCAGAGACGCAGCUUCCUCUCACACGCUCUGAAGACCUCAUCAACACCGACGAUGUUCUGGACCUAAAUAACAGUGAUCUGAUAGCCUGUAUGGUGGUGAGUAAGGAAGGCGGUCAAGCCCAAAGGUUCCUGGCGGUGGAUGUUUACCAGAUGAGUCUGGUCGAACCUGAAACUAAACGGUUAGGCUGGGGAGUGGUCAAAUUCGCCGGUCUGUUACAGGACAUGCAGGUGUCUGGCGUAGAGGAUGACAGCAGAGCUUUGAAUAUUAUCAUCCACAAGCCCUCAUCCAACCCCCACGCCAAGCCCCUCCCCAUCCUGCAGGCUAACUUUAUAUUCGCCGACCACAUCCGCUGCAUCAUCGCUAAGCAACGCCUGGCCAAGGGCAGGAUACAGGCCAGACGCAUGAAGACACAGAGGAUAGCAGCGUUACUAGACCUUCCUGUCCAGCCCAGUUCGUCAGAGGUUCUGGGCUUCGGCCAGACAGGAAACACUUCUGCCGGCGGUCAACUUCCUUUCCGCUUCUACGACCAAUCACGUCGAGCGCCCAACGACCCCACCGCACAGAGAUCUAUGUUCGCCUCCGUUGACAAAGUCCCAGGGUUUGCGGUCGCCCACUGUGUAUCUCAGCACAGCCCGUCUCCCCUCUCCUCCCCUCCCCACCUUCCUCAGGCAGCGGCAGCACCGGACGAUGUGACUCUGUUACAGCCAGUACUAUAUCAGCUAACAGCCCUACAGAUGAGGAGACGUUCUUGGAGCACACUCCUCCUUCGUCCUCCGGCGGAGAGGGAGGAGGAGGAAGAGGAGGAGGAGAGUUAAUCGGGUCUUGUCCCCCUGUCCCGUCUGUCCCAACCCUGGCCCCCAGCCUCACCCCUGCCUCCCAGCCUAACAUCUCUCUACUGACGGACGACAACACAGACUCUCUGAGCGUAGAGUCACUGACCCUGCUACCGCCGGCUGACCCCCCGCACCUGCACACGCUCGGCUCACACACACACCUCGGCACUGGUACGGCUAUCAGAGAGGAGGAGGAGGAGGAGGAGGAGGGGCUAGAGAAGAGAGAAGGGAAGGACUCAAAAGGGGAAGUGGAAGGGUCGGCGAUGGAGGAAGAGGAGGAAGAGGAGGCGGAGACUGAAACAGAAACAACAAUUCAAGAGACAGCUGAAGCAGAGAUGGGAACGCCCACUGAGCAAGACACGCCCCUAGAGGCGGAGGGAGACACACCCCUUGAAGGGGAGGAGACUGGUCAGGACACACCCACUGGAGAGGAAGCAGAGAAAGACACACCUCCGAAAGAGGACACACCCACAGGAACAGCCUGAUUAAAGAGGACACACCCACAGGAACAGCCUGAUUAAAGAGGACACACCCACAGCCUGAUUAAAUAGGACACACCCACAGGAACAGCCUGAUUAAAUAGGACACACCCACAGGAACAGCCUGAUUAAAGAGGACACACCCACAGGAACAGCCUGAUUAAAGAGGACACACCCACAGGAACAGCCUGAUUAAAGAGGACACACCCACAGGAACAGCCUGAUUAAAUAGGACACACCCACAGGAACAGCCUGAUUAAAUAGGACACACCCACAGGAACAGCCUGAUUAAAGAGGACACACCCACAGGAACAGCCUGAUUAAAGAGGACACACCCACAGGAACAGCCUGAUUAAAGAGGACACACCUUGUCUCUGUCUCUGUCUCUCACACAGCAGUAGAGAGAGGAGAUCCCUGUCUCUGUCUCUCACACAGCAGUAGAGAGAGCAGCAGAGAGAGAGAGAGACAGAGAGAGCAGCAGAGAGAGCAGGAGAUGAGAGAGCAGCAACAGAGAGAACAGAGAGAGAGAGCAGCAGAGAGAGUAGCAGCAGAGAGCAGCAGUAGAGAGCAGAGAGAGAGCAGCAGUAGAGAGAGCAGCAGUAGAGAGCAGAGAGAGCAGCAGUAGAGAGCAGAGAGAGCAGCAGUAGAGAGAGACAGAGAGAGCAUCAGUAGAGAGCAGAGAGAGCAGCAGUAGAGAGAGACAGAGAGAGCAGCAGUAGAGAGAGACAGAGAGAGCAGCAGUAGAGAGAGACAGAGAGAGCAGCAGUAGAGAGAGACAGAGAGAGCAGCAGUAGAGAGAGACAGAGAGAGCAGCAGUGAGGUGUUCCUGUGAGCUCCAGUGGUUUCUGUUGUUGCUGCUUUAUAAAAGAGCUUUUAGACUCCUGUCAACAUUUCAUCGUUCUACUACACCUGGACAAAGACUCUUUCAUAAAGACAUGGACUAUGGAUGGACUACAACACACAACUCUGUGUGUGUGUGUCUGUGUGUGUCAGUGUGUGUGUGUGUGUGUGUGUGUGUGUGUGUGUGUGCGCACUUUGAAGGUUUUAAAAAGUCUCUAUUGUAUGUCUGUCAUUUAACAUUAUGGUGUGGGGUCACUGCCCUCACUUGACUCUCGAUCUGUCCUGUUCUCAACUAUCAGAGGGAUAAGUCAUGAUAGGAUUAGGUUACUAACCCCCCAGUCCUGUUCUCUACCAUCAGAGGGAUAAGUCAUGAUAGGAUUAGGUUACUAACCCCCCCCCAGUCCUGUUCUCUACCAUCAGAGGGAUAAGUCAUGAUAGGAUUAGGUUACUAACCCCCCAGUCCUGUUCUCUACCAUCAGAGGGAUAAGUCAUGAUAGGAUUAGGUUACUAACCCCCCAGUCCUGUUCUCUACCAUCAGAGGGAUAAGUCAUGAUAGGAUUAGGUUACUAACCCCCCCCAGUCCUGUUCUCUACCAUCAGAGGGAUAAGUCAUGAUAGGAUUAGGUUACUAACCCCCCAGUCCUGUUCUCUACCAUCAGAGGGAUAAGUCAUGAUAGGAUUAGGUUACUAACCCCCCCAGUCCUGUUCUCUACCAUCAGAGGGAUAAGUCAUGAUAGGAUUAGGUUACUAACCCCCCCCCCCCAGUCCUGUUCUCUACCAUCAGAGCGAUAAGUCUGAAUCAUUGGUUUGGUGGUAGUGUUUUCCGUGCUUCUGUGAGAGAGCACAGCAGUUCGGCUGAAAUGUAAUUCAGACAUUUCCCUUUAGGCACACAGAUCUAGGAUCAGCGUACAGUCUUCUGCUUUUAACCUGAACACUGUACAGAGGUCAACUCCAAACUGACCUCUGUGUCAAGGUGGCCCACUUCACCUGUCGUCCUCGGACCAGUCCAUCUACCGACCCUUUCUAACGGCAGGAAUCUAAAGAGCUAAUCGAUAGAGGGGGGGGGGGGGGUGUUCAUGAACAAAAUGUAAUCGAUAAUACAAAGAAAAACGGAUCAAUAAGUUGUGAGUGAUUCUGUUUAAUGACUGGAGCAAAGAUCACAUUCAAACGAUGUUGUCCUCCUCUCUCCAUCCCUCUCUCUCUCUCUCUCUCUCUCUCUCUCUCUCUCUCUCUCUCUCUCUCUCUCUCUCUCUCCUCCUCCCCGCCUCUCUUCUCCCUCUCUCUCUCUCUCUCUCUCUCCUCCUCCCCCUCCCUCUCUCUCUCUCUCUCUCUCUCUCUCUCUCUCCCCUGUCUCUCUCUCAGCCCCACAGUGUAAAUAUGCUCCCUGCUUAGUAAAGUCCAGCUCUAGUGUUUCAGUAUGUUUGUAUGCUCUGUAAAUGCUAUCAGCUUUUAAACCUGUAAUUAAUGCUAAAUUACCAACAAAGAAAUGUAUUAAACAUCUGCAAUAAAUUAAUCUCCUGACUUAAA